UUCUCUCUCUAUAUAUAACAUCAGAGGAGUCCAAGUUGACACAUCACUCUGCAGUAACACUCAGUUAGGCAGUCUGCAUCGUCUGUUUCUUACUUCCAAAAUGAAUUCAUAUCUGGUUCUACUCGCUGUUUGCGUCGCAGUUGCGGUUGCAGACGAAUGUGGAUGCGCCAAUGGUUGGGCUCCAGUAUGUGCCACGGACGGGAGUACAUACGAAACUGACUGUGAUCUCCAUUGCAGUGGGAAGUUUAAAGCGUGUAAUGGCGUAUGUCCGUGCCAUCCGGAACCCAAUGUGUCACCCUGCGGCUGCGACAAUCGCUACGAACCUGUGUGCACUGCGAAGGGAGAUACUUACCAGAACAAAUGUCAGGCCGACUGCAGUGGUGAGUUGGUCGUCUACCCCCACGCCUGUCCCGCGUCUAUCAAGCAGAACAGCAAGUAAAUGACGUGAAGAUCAAUCAAAUGCGGUAUAUGCAGUUCAGCACUUGCCGUUUCUUCUGUCUCAAUAAAAUGUUGUAAUACUGUCGGUCAAUAAAAACAGUACAACCGU